CGGAAUCAUGAAAUCACCAAAGUGGCGAUGCCGCGGAUUUGCUGCGGCGACAGCGAAGGCCUCCAGUGGAAGCAAGUGAAGCGCAUCAUGCAGCAGAUAUUCGCUCACAGUGAGUAUCCCAUUGAGAUCAUGAUCUGCGAGCAUGACGACAUAACCAGAGAGCUGGCCGCGCCAAAGUGUCAGAUAACCGAGGCGAAGGGCAACUUGUUUAGCGCACCGGAAGACUUCGCUCUGGUGCACUCGGUGAGCGCGGACUUUGCCAUGUGCGCCGGUAUCAACUUGCAGUUCCGCUGCAAAUUCGGCCAGGUGGACGAGCUGAAGCGCCAGCAGCGGCACACGGGCAACGUGGCCGUGCUGGAGCAGGACGGACGGUACAUCUACAAUCUGGUGACCAAGGAACGGGCACACGAGAAGUGCACCUACACGGCGCUCUACUAUGCGCUGCUGGCCAUGCGGGAACACAUGCGUGAGCAUCUGGUCACUAAACUGGCCAUUCCACGUCUGGGCUGUGGCAUCGAUCGUUUGGAUUGGCUGCGCGUGCGCAGCCUGCUGGAGCUGGUGUUCGUGCGUGAUGGCGUAGACAUCAUUGCCUUCUUCUAUCAGCCGCCCAGCAUGGAGCGCGAUACCAUCAAGGUGAUCUGUCCCACCUGCAGCCACAUGAAGCUCAUGCAGCUGCCGCGCAGCGUCAGCUCCUCGCGAAACUCGCUACACAGGGAGAAGACGCCCUUCUGAGUGGCAGUUGGAUAUAUGGGAUUUCUUUGUAUAUAUAUAUACUAUAUGUAAUUCUUAAUUUAUAACAUUCGAAAUGGGUUUGCAUGGGUUGCAGGGCACCAAAUGCACCGUUACUUAUAACUAGUUCUUAGCACAAGAAAAUUACAUUUAUUUUACGAAUAUUUAUAUGCAAUACAUACAUACAUACAUACAUAAUAUAUUGACAGCAAAUAAAAAGACAACGCCUGAAGCUG